AUCGUUUCAUUGUUUAAAAAUCAAGUGUGAUGUUAAAAGCGGCAUUGCCUUUGGCAAGCUGAAUGGCGCAUUUCAUAUGCUGAUUCCUAUUUGGUAGCAAAAACAUUUGGGAGAAACAACAACGAUUAAAUGCUGAUUACGCAUAUAUCACAUAUAUAUGUACAUGUGUACAUCGGUUAAAGUUCAUGUUCAAGUAUCAAGGGUUUAAGAUUAGACAAGUAUUGCCUGCUAAUCUGGAUUCGUUCGUUUGUUUUUUGCCCACUGUCCAGUAGCUAUUCCUCGAGUGCUAGUAUUUAAUGGCCAUACUCCAAGCGAGCAAUAGUGACCAGUCCACUCUACUCCAUACACACACACUCAGUUUCAGUCUAUAAUCGCCAUUCAACAAAGAAAGACGGACGCGCCAAGUUAAAGACCAAGAAUUUGUUCAGCCAGAGACACGAAACAAAAAAUGCCGGAACAAAAAAUAAAUCCUGAUCUGCAAAAGGAGCGCAACACCGCGACCUUUAAUACCCAUGAGUUCUCCGUCUUUUGGGCUGGCGGUGAAGACAAAUACAAGGAAAAGAAAGCCCUCGAGAAAAUGUUUCUUGAGGAUCCAGCCCUAGAGGACGAUCUACCCAUUUCAUACUUGUCGCACAAGGAGUUGUAUGAGCACAGUUUGCGUAAGGCGUGUCUCAUUGGCGAGAAGAUCCGUAAACUACGAGCCGAUGGUGAAGAUGGUGUGGAUACCUACAAUGCUCUUUUGGGUGGCUCGUUGGGUGCGGCCAUACUCAAAGAGGGAAAUCCUCUUGCCCUUCACUAUGUGAUGUUUGUGCCUACAAUUAUGGGCCAAGGUACCAUGGACCAACAAGUUGAGUGGCUAAGCAAGGCAUGGGAUUGUGAGAUUAUUGGUACCUAUGCCCAAACAGAGCUGGGUCACGGAACUUUUCUACGUGGUUUGGAAACACGUGCCGACUAUGAUGCAAAUACGCAGGAAUUUGUGAUCAACACACCGUCUCUAAGUGCCUACAAAUGGUGGCCAGGAGGAUUGGGCCAUACUGCUAACCAUGCUGUUGUGGUGGCGCAACUCUAUACCAAAGGGGAAUUCCGUGGACUGGCUCCAUUUAUUGUUCAACUGCGUCACUCUGAGACUCAUGAACCGAUGCCGGGCAUCGACAUUGGUGACAUUGGUACAAAAUUGGGCAUGAAGGCUGUUAACAAUGGUUAUCUGGGCCUAAAGAAUGUUCGUGUUCCUCUUAACAAUAUGCUGAUGAAGAAUCAACAGGUUCUAGCUGAUGGUACUUACGUGGCUCCCAAGAACACUGUUCUCACCUAUGGAACUAUGAUGUUUGUACGCUGCGCCUUAAUUCGUGAUACUGCCCAGAGCCUGGCCAAGUCAUCGACAAUCGCCACCCGCUAUUCGGCUGUGCGUCGUCAAAGUCCCAUUGAUCCCAACCAGCCUGAGCCCCAAAUCAUGGAUCAUACCACACAGCAAUUGAAACUGUUUCCUCAAAUAGCAAAGGCCAUUGUUUUCAAAACCACUGGCGAUGGCAUUUGGAAUAUGUACAAUGUGCUCUCCGGUGAAAUUGAACAAGGCAAUUUGGAUCGUUUACCCGAAAUGCACGCCCUCUCCUGUUGCCUAAAGGCCAUCUGUAGUGCCGAUGCUGCUGCUGGUGUGGAAACUUGCCGUUUAUCCUGCGGAGGUCAUGGCUAUAUGGAUUGCUCAAAUUUCCCAACCAUUUAUGGAAUGACAACGGCUGUGUGCACGUAUGAAGGAGAGAACACCGUGAUGUUACUGCAGACUGCUCGGUAUUUGGUCAAGGUAUAUGGACAAGCUCUAAACGGAGAGCAGCUAGUUCCAACUGUGGCAUACAUUAACGAUGCAGUUAAAGCAAAGACCUUUGCUAAUUUCGAUGGCUCACUGGAGUCCAUUGUGAAAGCAUUCCAGUUUGUUGCAGCCAACAAAGUUCGCAUUGCUUAUGAACAAAUUGAAUCGCGACGCAAACAGGGUCACAGUACCGAAGUGUCAGCCAAUCUCAGUGGCAUCUUCUUAACUGCUGCAGCAGAUCUACAUGGCCGCGCAUUUUUGGCUCAAUCUGCGUACACAGAACUCGUAACCGUCUCCGGUCAGGUGUCGCCAGCGCUGGCUGAUGUCCUUAAAGUGGUUCUUGAACUUUAUUUGGUCGAUGCUUGUCUCAGUCGCAUUGGCGAUUUCCUACGCUUUAUUGAUCUCACGGAUGAAGAUGUGACCAAGCUGGAAGUCCGUCUAGAGACCUGCUUAAAGAAACUACGCCCAAAUGCCGUCGCUCUGGUGGAUAGCUUUGAUUUGCAUGAUCGUGUCUUGGAUUCUGCCCUAGGUGCUUACGAUGGCAAUGUCUAUGAGCACAUUUUUGAAUCGACCAAGAAGAAUCCACUUAACAAAGAGCCAGUCAACAAGGGUUUCCACAAAUACUUGAAACCCUUCAUGAAGGCUCACUUGUAGGAGACAGUCGAAUUGCCUUCGCCUAUGCUUGUAAAUAUAUAUUGUAGUAUUGGUUAUUUUUUGUAAACAAAUGUUCUCGUUUAGAUGAUUAUACUCUAAUUUCGAUAGUGAAAUUUUAUGAAUUUGUGCAAUCCAUAAACAAUACCAGAAAACACAGUUUUAAACAUGUAUUAUUAAAGCUUUUUUUAGUCUUUGUCAAAUAAACUACUUCAUCUUAUAAUUGAAAUUUAA